AUUGCGUCAAUUUGGGUUUCAACCACGUCUUCAGUCUCGGAGCAGAGCUACUCAGAAGAACCAAAACAGGAAGGGGGUUGGAAAUCAGUGCAAAGGGGAGGAUCGAAGCUCCCCCUCCCCCCACUCCUUUAGCCCGAUCACAGCCUCCUUCUUUACCUUCCCCACUGCUUGUGUCUCCGGGUAUAAGGUUGUUAUUUUUCUUUUUUUUUUUUUCUUUUCUCUUUUUGUUUGUUUGUUUGUUUGUUUGUUACACCACCGUGGAAAAAGCCUGCUGUCCUAGGGCUGCGAGAGAGCGACAAGUCGAGAAACAGCAGAGCAUCACAUUCUGCGCUCCUGGCAGGGGUCGCUCAGGAAGAGGGCGACUCCACUAGCGCGAACAGCCGCGUCAGACAGAGGCUCCGGGACCACGGACAGCUGUUCCAGCACCGCGGACAGAGAGCACCACCAACAUGGCUCCGAUCGCGUCCAGCCACCCGCAGUUCGAUGAAAUUCCUACAGUUGUUGGGAUCUUUAGUGCAUUUGGCCUUGUCUUCUCUGUCUCCCUUUUUGCUUGGAUCUGCUGUCAGCGCAAGUCAUCCAAAUCCAAUAAGACUCCUCCAUAUAAGUUUGUUCAUGUUCUGAAGGGAGUUGAUAUUUAUCCUGAGAAUCUCAACAGUAAGAAGAAGUUUGGAGUAGAUGAUAAAAGUGAAGCAAAGAGCAAAUCAGCAAUGCCAAAGAAUUCUCUUCAUCUUGACCUGGAGAAUAGAGAUCUAAAUGGCAACUUUCCGAAAACCAUCUCUAAAAUGCAGAGUUCUCCAGGCCCUGAAAAUUCAUCUUCAAAGCAUUUUUCAGAAAAGAAGAAAGAUUUAGUUUCCCCUGAUAGUUUAAAAUCCACCAUGUCCCUGUCAUCUGAAGAAAAACAAGACAAGCUAGGAACUCUCUUUCUCUCUUUAGAAUACAACUUCGAGAAAAAGGCAUUUGUAGUGAGCAUCAAGGAAGCACGUGGGCUGCCAGCAAUGGAUGAACAGUCAAUGACUUCUGAUCCCUACAUCAAAAUGACAAUCCUUCCUGAGAAAAAGCACAAGGUGAAAACCAGAGUGCUGAGGAAAACCUUAGAUCCUGCUUUUGAUGAGACCUUCACGUUUUAUGGGAUCCCCUAUAGCCAAAUUCAAGACUUAACACUCCAUUUUAUGAUCUUGAGCUUCGACAGAUUUUCCAGAGAUGACGUCAUUGGAGAAGUCCUCAUUCCCCUUGCAGGAACUGAAUUGUCAGAAGGAAGGAUGCUAAUGGACAGAGAGAUCAUCAAAAGAAAUGUUAGGAAGUCAUCUGGACGUGGAGAACUGCUGAUCUCUCUCUGUUAUCAAUCUACAACAAAUACACUAACUGUGGUUGUUUUGAAAGCCAGACAUCUACCUAAAUCUGAUGUUUCAGGAUUAUCAGAUCCUUAUGUCAAAGUGAAUCUGUACCAUGUUAAGAAGAGAAUUUCUAAAAAGAAAACCCAUGUCAAGAAAUGUACCCCUAAUGCCGUGUUCAAUGAAUUGUUUGUCUUUGACAUUCCUUGUGAGAGCCUUGAUGAUAUCAGCAUUGAAUUCUUGGUUUUAGAUUCAGAUAGAGGGUCAAGGAAUGAGGUCAUUGGUAGGUUAACCUUAGGAUCUUCAGCAGAAGGAACAGGUGGAGAACACUGGAAAGAAAUCUGUGAGUAUCCUAGGAGGCAAAUUGCCAAAUGGCAUAUGUUGUGUGACGGUUAGCAGCUCAGAGCAGAGUUAGAACUUGAAAAAAACCCUAUAUAUAUUUCCAUAGGCAAGUAGCAGUUUUCUUUCUUUGCUAUCCGUAAUUGCAGGCUUGUAACUACGAGAGUUUUUUGGGGAAGGUGGGGAAAUAAAAAACUGGAUUGAAUUAUCAAAAUAGAAGGUAACUAAAUUUUCAGAGUAAAUAAAGUAAUUUAUAUUUCAUUAGACUUUAACUUAAUUAAAUUAGGUAAGUAUUUUUCUGUAGUUUACAUAGCCUAAAAUGUCUGAAGCAGUAUAAUCUUCAACAAGAACAAACUAAGUCUUAUGAAGAAGUAACUAGAAACCUUAUUAGUACUGUUAUCCAGAAGAAGAUGACCUCAUUAAAGUAUACUGCUAGAUCAAAGAAAAAAAACUGCAGCUUAAUCUAUGAUUCUAAGAUUAUUCUGGGAAGGCGCUGAGUCUAUAAACACAAUGGGGAUUGACAGUGAAUAAGAGGGACAUUAUUUUUGUCCCUCUGUCAUAAACCUUCUUUUAUGAAAAUUCAAUCAUUAUUUGUAUGUUUUGGUUAUUUAUACUUUGAUCAUUCCAAAGACUGAAGAAAUUUUCAGUGACUUGCUUUAAAAACUACAUCAAGUGCAACUAGUUGUUUAACGUAUGGAAAUACUGUUUAAUUAUCUACACUUGGAUUUUUUAAUAUGUGUAUAUAUAUUCUGUUUUAUUACAGUGACUAAAAUAGACACAUUCUAUAAAUCAUCAAGUAAGUUAAUGUAUAUUGUCUUGUCUAAAGGGCUCCUUUACGAGUGACUAUAUGUUAGGGAUUAGGCAUGGGUUACGUUUUUUCCUCUAAGAAGUAUUAAACUUUUAGUAUUUCAUGCCAAGUGAAAGCACUUACCCUCAGACAAAGAAGCAUACAUGAUACUACUGUCACUGAUCUUUCGCUAAUUAUAGUUACAUUAAAUGUAUUUCAAUAUCAUUUAAUGAAACAUUAUUUCUCCUUUUGAUUUUUUCAUUAAACGAAAAAGAGAAAGAAAAUCAUGAGACAGAGUAUAAAAUCUCAUUCAUUUGUUUAAAUUCCUGAACUUAUGUCACUACAGACCGAAAGAUUGCUCCGAACAAACAAAGAUUAAUGCAUUCUUAGACAUUUCCAGUACAGGAAAUCAAGUUAAUGCUAUGACUUAUACAGUAUUUUGUUAGACAAAAGACUGGAAAGGUGCAUUUCACUUAGAUGACAUGCAUUAAUGUCUACUACUGAUUCCACUGAAAAUUGGUGUUUCAUGUUUGCAUGACACAUGUGUGCUUAAACUUAAUUUGUGCCAGUCUCUGGGAGUAUAAAGUAUAAAAAAGAUAGGUAUAUGUAUAAAGGAUCUAGGCUCAUGAAAUUCACUCUUGGUCAUACCUAAUAUAUAUUUAGGCUGUCAGAACUGUUGCACAAAUAUAGGCAGUUAUUUCCUAACGUUUGUACACUGAUUUCUGAUAGUGAAGUUUGAAAACAUUGCUCAUAUGUCAUUUCUUAUUACACUAACGUAAAUAGGAAUAUGAUGAUGUUACCUUAUAACCACUGACAUCUCAUUUCAAAAGUGGAAAACAGCUUUCAGUAUUUUAGCAUAUAUCAUUUUCUCACUUGUAUUCCCACUGAAAUGAAUGAGGCUAUUUGGGAAUUAAUGUACCACACAAUAUAUGGAAAAGUAACAGAAGGAGGAUGGAAUUUAAACAAACAAACAAAAAAUGAAUAAAAACAACCAAAUAACAACAGCAACAACAAUAACAAAUCAUGUUCAAUGUUACAUUAAUCUCAUUAAACAGAAGAUUCAGAUCUUAUGAACAACUUUUGCCUAUUUCUUAUUGACUUUUCCCUGUUCUCACAUGGCCAAAUUAUGUUUGCAGUAAAGAACACUGAAAUAUGAAAUAUGCAAGUAGAAAAAUUACACUGAAAGGAUUCUAUUGAGGCUCUUUCAGAUUUUGUGUGAGUAAUUUCUUCAGUUUUUGAGAAUGUCUUUAAUAUAACAGUGUUUAUAAAGUUCUGUAAAAAUUCAUUUUCAAAAUGACAUAAACAUGCUUUUUAAGAUGAUGCUCAAUGUACAAAAAGAAA